CGAUAAGCGUUUUUGGGGUAGAAUAUAAAAAUUAAAUUGUUCACGCGUAUCUUGACACACAGAAUGGGACCUGGAAGUGAAGCCACUUGAGUUUCUGACAAACAAAACGCGUUGGUGAAUGGUUUGAGUCCCCAGUCGCUUAAGCGUUGGCAAGCAGAACGCACUAGAGAUCCAAGUUAAGAUGUCGAACCAUGAAUACAUUAAGAAGGCUCUUUUGGUUUUGGCCUUGAUAUACAGUAGCCUCGCACCGGCAGAAUGCGCAUAUGAGAAAGAAAUUCAAGCAUUUCUAGAGGAACUCCGUCUACGUAUGUGUCAUCCCAUACCAAAUUUAGGUUUACCUCAAUUAGACCCACUAGAACUUGGUCCUGCAUCGACCUCACAGGAUAAUAAAUACCUUGUGGACUUUACCGGUUCCAUUGAAGGAUUUCAGUUACAUGGUCUCUCCGAUUUCGAUUUACCUGAAGAUGCGUUAAAAAUUCAAACGGAUUACGUUCGACGCAGUAGCAUUAAUGUUACAUUGCCCCACACAUAUUUCCAAUCUCUGUACACAGCAAAGGGUUCGCUGGCAUAUAUAUUGAAUCUAUCAGGCGACGGCAAUGCUGAAACAUCAUUAAAGGACUUUUCAGUGUUGAUCACAUUCAGGCUUAAAGCUGGAGUCUAUCUUGGAAUCACUGGACUGACUAUUGAUUUUCGUUUGGGUGGCAUCCACAUAGAUUUUCCAAAUUUAAUAGAGGAACAACGUGUUAAUGACUUUUUUCACGACUUGAUCAAUCAAAUAGGAGUGGAAUUGUUGGGUGAUGUAUGGAGCUAUGAACAGGACACUGUUAUUGAUAAAAUCCAGACGAUCGUUAAUAACUUCCUUGGCAAUUAUACUUUGUUGGAUAUUAUAAAGAUUAUAACUGGAUCAGGGGGCGAAGGCACGCCCAUAUUUGAUGGCGUUGAGCCUAAUUGUAAAGACUGAACUUUGUGAACAUUGCACAUAAAGGAAUUUUUUAAAGUACUUGUGCUUGUAUAAUAAUAUAUACAUAUAUGUAUGUAUAUAUAUAUAAUUGAUAGGAAUCUUGAUGCUACAAUUAAUAUAAAUUUAUGAACCGUUUGACGUGUUAGUUGUGUUUAUCCCUAUCAUUUUGAUAAGUUGAGCGAAAAACAAUUAUAUUUAUAUGGCUUUAUACUUUUUUAGCCACUAAUCUGA